AUGUCGUCGACAACACCCAACUACUCGGUGGGGAACGAUCGGUUCGAUGCGGAGGCGGCGACGUGGGAUAGCAAGCCGGAAGUGGUCGAGUCUUCCCGGCUUUGUCUCAGGACGUUGCUCCACCAUUCGCCCAAGUACGUCCCUUCUCUUGGCAGCGCGUCGGUGUUGGAGAUUGGAUGUGGGACGGGGUUGCUCACUGUUCCUCUCGCAGAGCAUGUCGGGUCUGUGCUCGCGCUCGACACCGCCAAGGGGAUGAUCGGGAUGCUCAACGCCAAAGUGGCUACGCAGGGGCUGGGGGAGAAGGUGACUGCCAAGGUGAAACUGCUCGAGAACGCAGAAGAUGAUGUGCUGGAGAGGAAGAAGUUCGAUCUGGUCGUGAGCCAUUUGGUCUUUCAUCACGUACCGGAUAUGCGGCAGCUCGUGGCGGUGAUGUUGGAUACGCUGAAGCAGGGUGGUAGGGUGUGGAUCAGCGACUUUGAGGACGACGGGCCCCAAGCAGAGGCUUUUCAUCCGAAAGACAAGCACGCGGGAGUGGAGAGGCACGGUCUCAAGGCGCAAGAGAUGGAAGGUAUCAUGAUUCAAGCCGGCUUCAAGGACGUCGAGGUGUUUGAGAGCUUCAGGAUGGACAAGGAAGUCGAGUCGGGGGGCACCCAGGCUUUCCCCUUCCUUGCUAUCACCGGUGUUCGGCCGUAG